GCGGAGCAUCUCUGGGUAUCACUCGCUGAAUUGAACACAACACAUUUGGAAAUCUGUUUGUCAUUUAGUGGCACGCUCCAGGACGCACCUAUGCAGAUGGCUGCAACACAGCAAGAGGGCUCGGACCAGAACUUUGAUUAUAUGUUCAAACUGCUUAUCAUCGGCAACAGCAGUGUAGGAAAAACUUCCUUUCUCUUCCGCUAUGCCGAUGAUUCCUUCACCUCUGCUUUCGUCAGCACUGUGGGCAUAGAUUUCAAAGUGAAAACAGUCUACAAGAACGACAAGCGGAUCAAACUACAGAUAUGGGACACAGCGGGUCAGGAGCGAUACCGGACCAUUACCACAGCAUACUACAGAGGAGCUAUGGGCUUCAUCCUGAUGUAUGACAUCACCAACGAGGAGUCCUUCGGUUGUGUACAGGACUGGUCCACCCAGAUUAAGACGUACUCAUGGGACAACGCCCAGGUAAUCCUGGCGGGGAACAAGGCUGACAUGGAGGAGGAGAGAGUGGUGUCAGUGGAUAGUGGUCGAAUGCUGGCCGAACAGCUUGGGUUUGAGUUCUUCGAGACGAGUGCCAAGGACAAUGUCAACGUAAAACAAACAUUUGAGCGUCUCGUCGACCUCAUCUGCGACAAGAUGUCCGACAGUUUAGAGACUGACCCGUCUGUCACCACAGGAACGUCCAAUGCUAGGCUAACUGACAACCCUCCUCCCUUGCAGCAGCCCAACUGCGGUUGUUAACCAGGAAAAUGACAACAAUCUAAGACGUAUGAGAUUGCCAAAAUAUUGUAUUAUCCCUUAGGUAGAUAAUACCUUAAAUUGUAUUAUUCUUCAUAUCUGACUUCUGAUGUGCCUAGUACAUUUUUUCAGAUUUUUUUUAUGUUUCAAAUUGUCUGACACAUAUGUUGUACGUUCACAAAACUGAAAAAUAGACAUGUACAGUAAUGCCAUGUCAGUAUGCGAUGACCAUGAGUCACUAAUGUCACGUCAGUCGGUACAUUUAUCUAUUUAUUUAUAUAAAACAGAAAUACAGGAUCUUCUAUAUACUAUAUUAACCAGAGAAAAUAGUGUGUUGUUUAUGGAAUGCUCUGUCAAUGACAUGAUGAUCUGUGUAUGGUUAAGUUGCCAGUUCCCUCUUGCAUAUCCUGUAUUUCCUCCCUCCCACUAUUUCUGCUGUGUGUGUGUGUGCGUGUCACUUUUAAGCAUUGAACAUUACCAUAAAAAAGUAUUACCUACCUUACGAAAGUGAUGCCUUUCAGUUAGUUGUUUGUAUAUUGUUUCAUAUUUUUUCCAUCGCCACACUAGAUGUGAAACCCAUGUGAUUAUCUGUGGUUAGAAUGGACCAAUGUGAUUAUCUGAGGUUAGAAUGAACCAAUGUGAUUAUCUGUGGUUAGAAUUGACCAAUGUGAUUAUCUGAGGUUAGAAUGGACCAAUGUGAUUAUCUGAGGUUAGAAUGGACCAAUGUGAUUAUCUGUGGUUAGAAUGGACCAAUGUGACUAUCCGAGGUUAGAAUGAACCAAUGUGAUUAUCUGUGGUUAGAAUGGACCAAUGUGACUAUCCGAGGUUAGAAUGAACCAAUGUGAUUAUCUGUGGUUAGAACCAAUGUGAUUAUCUGUGGUUAGAACCAAUGUAUUUAUCUGUGGUUAGACAGAUGCAUGGCUUUAUUCUCAGGAUAUUAAUAAAGUAGUUUGUUCAGUGACUGUGGAUUAGCUGCCAUAGUAUAACAGUUGUCUAAUACUAACAUGUACUAUAUUGUAGGAUAGGUAGGUAGUCAUGAUAAUAAUGCCAGUGUGGUAUUUAACAGUUUACUUUAUUAAAUAAGUGGUACAUUUAAUGUGGCUGUAAAGUGGUAUGAUUACUAACCCGAUGACUGUUGUUUGAAAACAGUAUGCAUCUGUGAGUGCAGAGAACAGUUUCUGAUGUGUUUCUCAAUGUUAUAUCUAUGUACAAGCAAUGGUCUGUGCAAUACUGCCAACUGGUCAGUCAUCUGGAGUAACUAAGACCUAAUCAUUUCUGCAGUGCGGAAUCCAUUGUAGGUCAUCCUCAGUUGUCAGCCGUACGUUUCAGUCUGGGUUUACGGAUGUCCUCAAAUGGGUUCCGUACUGCAGUGCUAGGUCCAGUGCUGCGACUGUUAAUGAAAUGGUCCUAAAUUAACAGCAGAAAGCUCAUAAUAAUGCCAGUUCCUGGAACAAUACAGAUUGAGAGACAUUGUGAGACGUACAGAGAACCCAAGGAGAGGUCCCAGACAACUAUUUCAGGGAUGUGAGUCACGGCAUCAAUAUUUCAAAAGUCUGACCUGACUUGACUACAGGAUUAUGAAUAAGGAGCCACUUCCAUAAUUCAUACCAUCUCAUUCUCUGGACUUCACCUCAAAUACUUUUUAUUAGAGACACUCCUUAUUCACCAUUCAUUUACUGUACUUGCAGUAAUGUUUUACUUCUGUUUUCGACUCUGUUACUUUUCUAUUGUUAUAGAAAAGUUCCCUUGAAGAAACCAGAGACAGUUAUCCUAAAUGGACCCCUACGUGCCAAUGUGCUAUAAAACAAAUAGAAAGGAAGCUGUUUUUAGGUGUUGUGAGAUUAUUUUGUGAAAAAGGGUAUGUUACUAUUAGCUAGACCAAGUGUCAUGCCAAAUAGUGUCUUGUAGAAAAUGCUGCAAUCGAUUGUUGCACUUGUGAAAACGAACUGCCUCUGAAUCGUUGCAUUUUCAGUAGCAAACUAUUUUUAGCAGCACACUUGCAUGAAAUUGUGCAAGAUCUAUUUCUAUAUAUCUAUAUCGGUAUACUUAUUGUAUUGUAUUUGUGCACCUUCAGGUCUCGUCUUGAGGUGCAAUGGGCCAAUAAGUGCAAUAUUUUAAAAGCCUGUUUCUCUGUGAAUAGCCAUCAGUCUGUGCCAUGCAUAACUGUUAGGAUUGAAUUCCUUUUUACGAGUGGUGUGAGUAGGGGUUCAAUGGCCAGGGGCGUAGUGGAAAGUCUCCUACUUUUGUAGCAGAAAACGUAAGACGAGUCCUAAUAGUGGAACAAGAGAAAGCAAGUUCCGAUGUCUUCCCAACUGAACCCCAGUGGGCAUGAUUGUGACGUGUGAUAGUGAGAAAAUGCAGCCUGUCAGAAAGCCAAGUCAUUUUCUCACAAUGUCAACACUGUUAUCUAAAGACGGGAAACCUCUCUAGAUGGUUCCGCUGCCAAGACAGUUGUCGACAAAGUGGUAGAGAGAAUGCUGUACGUGUGAAUGAGAGAGAAUUCUAUGUGUGAUUGGCUGCCUCCCCUUGUACAUUCAUCCACCUCCUUGAUGAAAUAUAUACUAUUUGUUGUUUUAUAGACUUCAGCAUGUGUACAGCUUUAUAUUGUGUUUUCUGGUGCAGUAACAACAGCCCUCUUCGUAUGCGGGAAGAUAUUGAAGUGUUGUCUGUUCAGCUUCUGUGAAACAUUGAGACAGAGAUGAAGCCUUACUACGGUAUAUGCAGUAUAGACAGAAACAAGACAAACUGGUUAAUAACAGAUCACUUUAGCCUUUGUUAUUGAAUAAGUCAUAAACGGCAUUGUCAUUCCAUUCAUAACACACACAAAAAGAGAAACAGCGUACUUCUCUGUAUACCAGGGGCUCUAAUGAUAACACACUGAUGAUCAAAUGUUGACCCCUCUUAGGUUAAUUGGCACUCUACUAUGUACAGUACGGUGUCCUUGACAGCAGGUCACUUUCCCUUCACCUUUUUGAAACAAUUGUUUGUAGUGCGCUGCUCCUCGGUCUGGCAUUUUCUGCUUUGUGAACGUGGAGAAGCCAGUUCAGAGAUCCUAGCCUGCCCUAUUCUGCCGUCGCAUCUGUUCAAGUGUAACGCCAGCUGCUCACCUCACCAAUAUUCUCUGGGACCUUUCCUCCAUGUAGCCUAACACAAUUAGAAUUCAAGCGGUGAACAAACCCUCAAAAGCCUCUCACUAAUUCACCAUACAACUGCUAAAUGUCGUUUUCUCCUGCUGUUCUUUCACACGUUCUCAACAUGUCUGUACUGUAGCUGGGAGUGUUUGAAUCGGACUCUUCGGCUGUAGAGACACACUGGUAGUAAUAAAACGUGUCAAUGGCGUGUCUGGUAAAAAAAACAAGUCAAGCGGUUUCUUUGAAUUCUUGAUUUGUAUAAUAGCUAUCCUAUAACAGAAAAUGUUUGCUGUAUCUCUUUUGAGUCUUCAGAUGGACCUAAACUGAUAAUACAUCAUUGUACUAUUAUAGUGACCUACAGUAUUCUAUUUUCCUUGUAUGAACUACAUGAGCUGGAUAUUUACUUUUAUGUGUAUGUGACAUGAUGUAUUACACAGGUGUUUUCAAGAUGACAAUAAAAAUAUACAAAUUGUA